AUGAGUCCGUCGCCCGUUCUUCUGGAGGACCUCUACUUCAUGCCCAGCAAAUACAACUUUGAAGUCUAUAACAACAGGGUCCUACAUCAACCCGUUUCCUGUGGGAGUCCCACACUUCUCACAAUCUUGGUGCCAACCCACCCUCGUGCCGCACGUGAGAGGGCAGCGGUCAGAGAAACAUGGGGGUCGGUAGCCCGGGGCAAGCCGUGGCCCCCACUUACCAGAACCUACAACGUCAAGCUUUACUUUGUUCUAGGAACGUCUGCUGGAAACGGGACUCAGUUUGAAAAUGAUACGGCGACCGAUCUAAAGAUGGCGGGCGAACCUACGAGCGGAUCUUUUGAAAAGAAAAGUAGGCCAACUACUUAUGGCGGCAACGAGACUGAUGCUUCAUGGGAAGGCAGUGAAAUGUUAGUUGAUAAAACACAAAUAAAUGACCAGUACAAUCACGGCGAAACGGUACAGGAAAUGAUGUCAUUUGAUGACAUCAUUCAGUUUGACGUCAUAGACUCGUACAGGAAUCUAACCCGUAAAUUGAUAUUAGCUUUUGAUUGGCUGACAAGGUCGUGUCGCGAGACGAAAUUCGUCCUGAAAGCUGACCCGGAUGUCUUUGUGAACGUUCCACUGCUGGUGACACUUUUGAAGCAUUACGGCCAGCCGAACUCCAUCUACGGCCAAAUCUACCCCAACUCAUGGGUGGUGAGGGAGGGGAAGUGGGCGGUCGACAACCGAACUUUGCCGAUUGACAAGUACCCCAUUUACACUGCCGGAAACGCCUAUGUCAUGUCAAAAGAUGCUGUUGAGAAAGUUCUCUCCCUGGCGCCCCACUUCCCUUACAUUUCCGUGGAGGACGCCUUCAUCACGGGGAUUCUUGCCUCCGUGGGCGGCGUCGAGAGGAUUAAUGUGGCUGGGUUCACGAGGUGGAGCGAAUCUUUCCCUGACGCCUGCCAGUUUGCUAACAACAAAAAAUAUGUCGGUAACAACGCCACCGAUCAUCGACUGAGAGUGACUUGG